AUCCAGUGUCGUAGAUUGAGGGAAGACGCGGGUAGGGCCGAGAAGACAAUCAGUGUUUAUGUGGAUGCUUGUGGAGCUCUGCAGGGACGGAGCUUCCGCAACUCCACACCACGACGUCACAGUCAGAGAAGCACUAGCAGACGAGGAUUUCUUUUCUCCUGAUAGAACUUCACGUGCGACAAUAAAUCAUCCUUCCCAUCAUCUGAAAAAUACACAUCUCCCAAAACACGAUAGCCGAACACCCGUCCAACAUGGCGCAAUCAACAGAUCUUCGAACGCAUCUCAACUCCCUCGUCCCAUCAUCUUAUCCCCAACUUCGCGACUCCGUCUUACCUCAGCUCCUCGCUUCAAUCCACACCAUAGCAGGCCACCUUCGUACUUCCCCCUCGGUAACUCAAGUCGGUACCGCCAACGCCUUCGGCGACGACCAACUCAAUGUGGACGUCCUAGCUGAAGAAGCAAUCCGCAAAACCAUCUCCUCCUGUCCUUCCAUAGUCACAGCAUCUAGCGAGGAAGAUCCCGUCGAGAAAUCUUCAGAGUCCACUAGCAGAAGCGAAAAUCAAGGAACAGAAGUCUAUACACUAGGUUUCGACCCCUUGGACGGCUCCUCAAUCAUCGCGCCAAACUGGAGUGUAGGCACCAUCAUUGGAGUCUGGGAAGGUGCCUCAGCUCUUCACCAGUCCCCUAAUGAUAAACAAAUCGCUUCUAUACUGGGUGUGCUGGGCCCACGUACAACCGCUGUUGUCGCCAUCCGUCUACCAGGUACUGAGGGAUCGUGUUUUGAAGUCGGAUACGCAGACGACGGAACUAUGCAAGUCAUUCGUCCAGAAGUCAAAUUGGCGCAAGCCUCUGAAGUGAAAACCCGGUAUUUUGCUCCUGCAAAUAUGCGCGCAGCGGCCGAAGACCAACGGUACCUCAAUCUCAUCAACCGUUAUAUUACCCAAAAAUACACUUUGCGGUAUAGUGGUGGGCUUGUUCCGGAUGUUGUGCAUGCGUUGGUUAAAGGCCAUGGUGUUUAUGUAUCUCCGGUGACAGCACAGAGUAAAGCUAAGCUAAGGCGACUUUACGAGUUGGCACCCAUUGCGCUAAUCAUGGAGUGUGCCGGCGGUGCGGCUUUGGAUUCUGCAACGGGGAAGAGGGUGUUGGAGACGCCAGUUGAGGACACGGAUGAGAGGGGUGGCUUGAUUUGUGGGAACAAGGACGAGGUUGAGGCUGUAAGGAAGGCGUUGUUGGAGUAGAAUACCAGCAUUACUCAUGUGGAAUGAUCGUAUGAGAAGAUAGCCAAGAGUGUAGUGAUUGUAAAUAGUGUCUUUAGACAAAAAUGCUCGAACAUAAUUCGAUAUCUAUAUACCAAAGUGCUUCUAGUCGUUCAAUGAUGCCGCCAGCGCCGUAUAAAAAAGAAUGG